AAGAAUCCCAAGAAUAUUAUCCACUAAAAAUGUCGAGGAAUAAAGAGAAGCGUGUUCUCGGUUGUGAUUAGAUUAUAAAAGAGUUGUUAUCAAUUUGUUAUAGCCUAUCGAAAUCAUCAAGUGAAAUUGUUAUCAUUAGUGACGAUGAAACAAAAGCUAGGCCACCAUUCGUUAAAACAGAAGCGGAUAUUGACGUAUUCGGCGCUAAGGAACCAUUUGAUAGUGCUACUUUGCUGAACAUUCUCCUUUGUGAUCCACAUGAACUGGAAUGCAAGCAGAAACCUAGUUCAAUCAGAAAAGAUUUCAUGUGUACGCUAAAUUCGGAAAAGAUCCCUAUGAGUUCAUGAUUGGCUGAUGACAAUGGAGCAUAUACUAAUGCUGGAACAUCUUCAAAAUAUUUUCACGUAGAAUUUACCUGUAUGGGAAACAUCAAUUCUAUGAUGAUUCUAUGAUGAUUUUCGGCAUGAUGGUUCAUGCCGAAAAUAAUGGAUUUUAUUAUCGUGAACGUGUAAAAGGGAAAAACCAAUAUGAAAAAGUUGUUGUUGAUCAAGAAAGAGUUUACCAGCUGACAAGACGGUAUCGUCGGAAUAAAGCCAACCCUCCCUUACACAUACAAUUGUAUAUGUGUCAGCCAAAAGUAGGACAGACCAUCAUGAAAAGUAUUAUUUGAGCAUGUAUAAAGUAGACAAUAAAGAUGGGGCUGUCGUAGACUUUGAAAAUUCGUUCGUUGUCCCACGCCAUGGAAAUGCCUCAAAACCACUUGCCAGCCCGUAUUAUCGUACCGAUCAGUCAGUUUUGAAGGAAAUCACAAAAAACUUAGAGGAUGGAAGAAGUUGUGACUCGACAUACAAAAAGUUUUCCGUGACACCGUCAUCAUCACCAUGUUCCUCUGUCAGUUCAGAGUUGAGAAAUCCAAAACAGGUUCAUAAACCUAAAGCACAAUGCAACUAAAUCCAAGAAUCUUGUGUUGACCACCAACUACCAACCAAAUGAUGAUGUAUUCAAGAUAGUUUCAAGUUUGAGAAGUGAAUUAGGGAAUUUCACAAAAGCUGUUACUAUAUUCAAGGAUCAUUUCAUUUCCAUUCAUGUGACAGAGCAGCAGAUAAAAGAUCUUGUAAGAUUUUGUGUUGAAGGAAAUUCUGUGCUGAGAGUAGACACUACCUUCGAGAUCAUUGAGAAUUUCUGGGUCACUGACACAUCUCAUACGAACGAAUCCUUGAUAAGUGAAAACUCUGGUGAAUCCCCUGAUUUUCCAGGGCCUAUCAUGCUACACUUUAGGAAGGACACGUUCACAUACCAAGCAUUUGCUUCACAUCUUGUAAUGAUCAAUCCAGACUUGAAAAACAUUAAAAAGUUUGGAACAGACUUGGACCGUGCCCUCAUAAAUGGAAUGCGAAAUGUGUUUGAGAUUGCUGAUCCUUUGAUCUGUGUUCAACAUUUACAGGAAAGAGAUAGUCGAAAGUUAGAUAAGUUAUCAGCUUCAUCACGUUCAAAACAAAGAAUACUCACUGAUUUAGGCAGCAAACAAAAUCAAAGCUUGCAAUUAGGUUUGGCUGAUUUUAUGGAUGAUGACGAUUUUUCCAUCAAAUUGAAAAGUCUCAAAGAAAUCUGGGAUCCUUUGGUUCCAGGGUUUCACAGCUGGUUUGAAGAGAAACGUUCUCAGAUUUUUGUUACAUCUGUUAUAAAUAGUGCAAAAGAUCGAGUUGGAAUUAACAGUGUGUUUUAUAACAACCGUUUAGAGGUUAUGCACAAACUUCAGAAAAAACUGAAAAAGGAAGACGACAUUCCACACGAAGUUGUUGCCAUGGUUAAGAUGCUAAAGGAAUGGUCAGAAUCAUAUUAUCAUGAAGCGGUUCGUGCAGUCAGAGGAAUAGGGAAGUAUCGUUUAGCUCCAGAUUUCCAAACGUUUGCUAUUGAUCCAGUACGAUCGAUUCGUUGGGGAUGUGAUAGACAAGAGCAGCAUUUGGAUGCAUUCUUUUCAUUCACUCCUGAAGUCACAUGGCUGUUCAAACGACCUGCUAAUGCAGGGCAAAAGUCUACGGUGGUGAAAAAAAGACGUGACAAAGAUGAACCUCAAUUAUUUUCUCAGAGGAUUGGGUCUUCAGCAUCGCCAAGCAGCAAUCCCCAAGCAAAUAAAAAAGUUACUCCUUUGAAGCUGAGGAAAGAUGAAAAUGGUAAUUUUGUUGCAUCUCAGUCAUCUGGAUCACCAGCAAGUUCUACAUUCUCUGCAGUGGAUCCAUUGAAUCCUUUUCGAUCAGAAUCACGAUUGUAUUAUUUGGUUUCGAAAUUUGACAAAAAGACUUGCCCAGGACAAGUGACAAGAUGUGAGCAAUGUCGGUUCGUAUUUAGUAAUGCAGACAUAGUACUCGUUCGUACAACUGGUGUGAGGGAAUUUAAUACAGGAAACGUCUAUUUACAUUAUCUGAAGAGCUGUUUGACUGGAUAUGAUGACAAGUUUAAAUUCUCCGCUGUGACUGUUCUACAAGAAACAUUGAAAAAACUCCCACCAGAUUCUGUCCGUAAGUUUCGAGACAUGGGAUUGCAAAUCGAACCAUAACUUUUAGUAUAGCGAGAUGAACCAUAACUUUUAGUAUAGUGAGAUAUUCUGUUCAAUAUUGUUGAUGCUGUUUUCCUCUAUAUUUUUGUUUGUAUCUAAAAAGAAUGAAUGCAUAAACAUCAGUUUGAUCUGAGAUAAAUUAUUGCGAGAACUUGCUGGGCAUUGUUACUUGAUUUUGUUCGUUCACUUUUAACCAUAGGGACAUGUUAAUGAAGAACUGGUUCAUUUUUGAGGAAAUGUUGCAAAACCAACUUUUGUUAUAGUUUUAUUCAUGAUUUUUGAAUUUUCAAAUUGGUUGCCAGUUCUUCAAGAACAUGUCCAUAGAAACAACGUUUUUAUCCAUGACUUACUAUAGCUUUUUUUGUCCUACUAUACUACAUAUUUUUUUACCCGGUAUUACAGUUUUUAUAAGUAAAGUUUUUUUAUAUACUUAAUAGUUUGUAUAGUUUUUGAUACCUUGAGUGGAUUAAAUUUUGCGAGUUUUAACAUGAUUCACGAAAAUACAAUUUUUUGACCUCGCAAAAUUAAUCCACCUUUUUUAUACAGUUUGUACUCCUUUAUUGUAAAUAUUAUUAUUGUUAUUUAUGAUUUUGUUCGGAUUAGAGGUUUCAAAAUGUUGUUGUUUUUCUUCUCAUGUUAAUGCCAAUUUUCGUUCUAAAAUACAUUCGCAUCAAGCUUGAGUUUCUGGUAGGUUCUAGUGGAUUGUGGCUGGGUUCUGGUGGGUUCUACCGGGUUCUGGUGGGUUCUACCGGGUUCUGGCGGGUUCUACCGGGUUCUGGUGGGUUCUACCGGGUUCUGGUGGGUUCUACCGGGUUCUGGUGGGUUCUACUAGGUUCACCUUUUAGUAACUACGAGCCUAAAACACAUUAUCCUAAAGUUUAUUGCAAAAGAAGAAUUUCCUCUAAAGUGAGACUGAUUUCUCCGAUCAGUAAUGUCCGUUACAUGGAAUUGCUCUAUAUAUAUUGUUUGUUUUUCUUUCUUUUUUUUUGCUGAAUUAUUUUUUUGUUUUCUUAAAAAUUAGAGUCUGUCAGGCCUGCAGAACAACUAUAUAAUUAAG